AUGUAUAACGGGAUUGGGCUUCAGACUCCCAGAGGCAGUGGCACCAACGGGUACGUCCAGCGGAACCUGGCCUUCGUCAAGUCUAAAAAGGAUCGGAUUGACUACAAGACCGAGGAGGAGAUCAACAAGCUGGAUCAGGGACUCAAUAAACAACCCAACAGAGAAAUUCUCGAUCAUGAGAGGAAGAGGAAGGUGGAACUGAAGUGUAUGGAGAUGCAGGAGUUGAUGGAGGAGCAGGGAUAUUCUGAGAAGGAGGUGACCGAAAAAGUGAACAUGUUUCGCAAGAUGCUGAUGGCCAAAGAAGGCGUUUCGGAUUCACCAACAGUGGAGAAGGAUGAAUUUGGUCGCCCAGUGGCACGAGAAACUCACCAACUUGCUGAAGCCAAUCAGGAAAAGAACGCCCGUCUCAAGGAGGCAUUUGGUUUGACAGAUUAUAUUGAGGGCAGCGCUUUUGAUCCUGAUAGAAAAGCCAAAGAAGAAGCAGCAAAGGCAGCAGCAGCCUUGGCCCAGAAAAAAUACACGGUAGUCCAAAGUUCUGAUGAGGAACAAGACAAAGAAACUGCUUCCUCACCUGCCAAAAAGAAGAAGAAAUCAAG